AUGGGUUCGAAUUCAAUUCAGAAAGAUGUGUGCUUUGUUCCUAAGUUAUGCCCAGAUAUGUUAGUUCAGAUACUAUGUAGACCGCCGGAGAAAGAUCUAAUUCAAUACAAAUGUGUAUCCAAAGAUAGGUACUUUCUUAUUUCGGAGACUUCGGUUCCAAUUGUCUCUGCAAAUACUUCUCUUUGUGGACUUUAUUUCCAUACUUUGGCUCUUUCCGACGACAUGUCUCAGGUUUGGAGUUACUCAAAUUACGAUGCCAAAAAUCGUUUUUAUGCUGAAUUGUCAAAAUCUGGUGAUAGACAAGUUUUAGAAUAUGUCUCCUUAGAAUCUGGCGGCGAUGAAAUUGGUGAAGUCGAGAUUGACAAACAUGCUAAGAACCUCCUUGAUAGCUGCAAUGGCCUUCUUUUAUUUAGGAAGCCCUCCACACGCCAGUACGAUGUCUGCAAUCCUACCACUAAAGAGUCUGUGACGAUUCCCUACUCCUGUGAUUCAUAUUGAGAUGCUGCACUAGCUUUUGACCCUUGCAAAUCCAUUCAUUUCAAAGUUAUUUGCACUCCUUAUUUUCAUCUUGAUGCACCAAAUUGGUUGGACAUGUUUUCUUCAGAAACUGAAAAGUGGGUUCGACACAAUCUACAUCUUGAUUUCGUUCAUAUUGAUGGUUCCAAUAUAAUUAAGGAGUGUGUUUACUUGGAUGGCAUGUUAUACUGGGUGUUAGCUUCAAAAAACCUUUUUUGCAUCGACCUCAAUCUAGUUAGCGCCCAUGCCAUUGACCUACCGAAGAUUGAAAGAUCAAGUUUAUCAUCAAGUAUUGGGGUAUCAAUGGGACAUCUUUGUUUUGCUCAAUGUGAACGCUCAAAUAUCUCAAUUUGGUUGCUUGAGGACAACAACCAAGCUGAUGGAUGGAUUUUAAGAUACAGCAUCCGCUUGGAUUA